AUAUGGGGAGUGUCGUAGGCAGCAACGUGAACGUAAGCAACGUAACGACGAGAAGGAUGGACUCGACGACAUUCCUGCCGGAAGCGACGUCGACACUCAGCGAGCGGGAGCAACUCAAAAUUGAAUUUUACAAAACUUACGAUGUUAUGACCGGGGUCAGAAUCGCAGCAACUCUCGGUGGUUUUUUCGGUCUUAUGAUCCUUCUGCUUGUUUAUAAAAGCAGGUGUAAAUCGAGCAAGCAGUUAGACGAUCCAAGACUGACCGCAGCUGCAGCCGCAGCGGUAGCUGAGGCAGAAGCCGAGGAAAGAGCCCUCGCAGCCGCCCUCGAAGCCAUUGCCAGAUUACCACCGAGGCCAGACCAGGGACCUAGAAGAUCUCUUUGCGUCGAGGUCGGUCUAUUCGUUCAU